CAGUUAAGUCAUCUCAUAAGGUUUCUUGGGUCUGAAUUGGUUGCUGAUAUUAAGAUGAAAACAAAAAUCAGCAGACUGCAAGCUGCCAGGUCCCGGAAUGAAGAUCACUGCCCUAACUGGUCGUUUACUAUUUUUUCGGACAUUGGGGCGUUUUAGUGGAGCGUAACCUCGGCCUACGACAUGAAUUAAAUAAGUGAUUUAGAAUAUUCAACGUGAUAGAACGAACCCGUUGAUCUAAUUAAUGGAUACGCUAAAUGUAACAUAAGGGUUAGAAAUAGCCGUAGUUGUUUUAAAAUAGGGAUGUGUACCUAAGGGGAAAACAUAGCCCAUUAUUUUUAACUGUUCAGACGAAUAUGAUGAAUAGGCUUCUAUGUAAAGGCUCCUAUCGCCUCGUCACAUUUCAACAAACGAACUGGUGGAAUUUGCAAAUGUAACUGUCCAAAUAAUUAUCUUCGAAAGCAGGCAUACGAGUAGAGACGAUGACUUUUCUCUUGUGGGACCGGGUCUCGACGAUAUCUGGUUUUAGCCUACUGCAGUUGUGCAUUUCUAUGCAGUGGGUGGCUUUCAGUGACACGCUCAUCAUGGAGGAAUAACAGGGGACAUUGUUUCUAUUUCAUUGAAGAAACAAAGAGCAAGAGAAAACAACAUGAAGCAUUUUCUCAGGGUGCUGACCCAGUUCUUUGUGUUCCUGUAUUGCAAAUGGCUGUGGCGGACCCUAAAAUUUGUGACCCGAAAGGUCACAGGGAGAUGUGAGCUUCAGCGCAUCUGCUACGGCAACAAGCCUGGAGCCCGCAGGACCCUUCAGAUAGAGUCUUCUCUCAAGUUCUCCAAGAGUGAGCUCCUGCAGUCUGCAGUAAGUGUUCGUCCAGACUCUGUGGAGAAGGUCAUCGAUGACAUAAUGACCCUGAAGAAGAUCAAACCUGCCACAAACCCACAGCUUGGUAUAUCUCUCCAGGCCAGUCUUCUUCAGAUUGUGGGCUACAGAGGCCUUCUCGGGGAGGUGGGGAACCUGCGAAGAGAGCCAUACGACUGUGAGAACCCUGAGCAUGAACACAUGCUACUGAAGCUGUGGAAAACGCUAUGCCCUAAUGCCCCUCUGACUGGGCGCAUAACAAAGCAGUGGUGUGAAAUUGGUUUCCAAGGCAGCGACCCCAAGACUGACUUCCGAGGCAUGGGUCUGCUGGGCCUGCAUAACCUGCUAUAUUUUGCUGAACAUGACAAAGCCACAGCCCUGCAGAUGCUCCAUGACUCUCUUCAACCGAGGCACAGCAAGCUGAGCAAGGUGGAGUGGGAGAAGACGACGGUUGCCAAAGCAAUUGGGUAUUCCUUUGCCAUUGUUGGCAUCAACAUCACAGACCUGGCAUACUCUCUGCUGGUGAGCGGAGCCUUGAAGACGCACUUGUACAACGUUGCCCCGGAGAUGCCCAGUCUCAUGCACUUUCAGCAGACUUUCUGCUACCUCAUGCAGGAGUUCCACAAGUUCUGGGUUGAACAGGACCCCUGUGACAUCAUGGAGUUCAACUGCAUUCGCAACAAGUUCCACAAAAGGAUCCUGAAGCAGCUGAGCAAUCCCAACAUGGCCUUAUGCCCCCACUUUGCUGCUUCAGACCUUCUCCUGGUCAACUUGUAGUCACCUUUGACCCCUGGUCUCUCCUCGCCUGCCAGCUGUCUCGCAUCACUGCCAAUUAUUUAUCCCUGUUCCACAUAUCAUCCCACUUAUCUUACCAUCACAUUACCAUCACAGUCCAUACUGCCAGCAGCCCCACUGAUGACCGUGCUGAUUGUGUGCAUACAGGACGCUGCUGAAACGCUUUAAUCCACGGGGCCCUGUGAUUGGCACAUUCAUCAGUAGAGCCAAUCACACAGCUGCUCUUGAAUAAGCUUAGCCAUUCAAGCUGUUUAUUGUCCUGCAAGAUAACUUUUGUUUGCUGAUGCGGUCCAACUUCAGAAAUUCAUUGACAAACAAAAUGUGGAACAAUGUUAUCUAGUAUUGGCAUUGAUCUAUCUUUAUAUAUUGCAGGUGAUAAUUUAGAGAAUUUAUAAAUGGUGUGCCAACAGGAGGUAAAAGAUGUAAUCUCAACAAAUGUACUGUAAAAAACAAACAAUGAUUGCUUAUUGUUUAUGAGAAACUGUGUAAUGUGGCACACUGGUUCUUUGUUCUAAUUGCCAAAGCAAUAAUUCCAAGGUUUGUCUGGGCAUUGUGAUUAUCAGUGCAGGUGCAAAUGCUGUUUUUCAUCUUUAGUAUGAAACCAUACAUUGACAGUGGUGAUCACAUAUCGUAUUGUAAGUGUGAUGUUACAAGGACUCUCCAUCAACAUUGGCACUAUUUCUUUAUAACAUACUAAAUAUUUGUGCUGAGUAUUAAUUUAAAAGACAGUAUUUUUUAUUUUGCAACUGUUUUCCAUGACAUUCACUCUAUUAUAUUUGCAUGCUUUUCUACGUUUAAUCUUUGUGUACAAGCUUACUAACCCCUGUGACUUUUGGAAAAUAUUAAUAUGCAAGUUUGAACUGAAGUUGAUCUAUAGCUGUUGAGUUCUUGGCAUUAAAUCAUGGCUGUAUAGCACACUCAAUUUUUAUGUCAUGCAUAGCUCUGUCUUAGGAAAGCAAUGUAGAAUCUUACACUGCUGGAAUUUAUCAUUGUGUCCGAGUGUAAAAUUCUGUAUGGGUGUGACAUUGCUUUUUUGCGGUCUUGUACAGUGAUACUCCAGUGUAAAUGGUCUGUUUAUGAUAACUGUCGUCUUCAGCUUGCUUUGCUCAGAAAAAUGUGUUAUCUUUAUAUACAUCUGGUAUAAAUGAUUGAUUGUGUUUUUGUACUUUUGUAAAUAGUUUGAUCAAUAUUGGUAAAAUGGAAUUUGUGUUUUAGGUAAAGGACAUUUCUUAAAUGUGCAAUGAUUAUUUUAGGAGUAGUUCAUACCACAGCUUUUAACACCUUUUAUAAUACAAUAAGCACAAGUUCAUCAACUCAGUCUGCAUAACUGUGUAUAUUGGCAACACAUUGUUUGCUUUGCCUAGAUGUAUGCAAAUAAAAUGUGCACUGGUUGUGCAUUCGCUUGUGUAAUGUCCUCUAGAAACUGUGCCGUGAGAAAUGAUGCUUGGAAUUUAUACAAACUGUGUAAUAUAAUAAAAGACAAUACUAAA